UAUAAAAUAUUCAGUUCACCUCAGCUGAGUUCAGUCAAUGAGAACAGACCCUAUGGUGCUUUAUUAUUGCUCUUAAAACUUCCAAAUAAAUAAAAAUCUUAUCUCAAAACACCCAUUUACUUUCUCCCCUCUUCCCAAUUCCCAAAACCCCUUAUUCAAUCCAAUUUAGGGUUUAUCUCUCUUCCAUUCCCAACAAUGGAGCAACCCCAAAUCCCCAAUUCCUCAACCUCAUCUCCGCCACAACAACCACCAUCAACCACCAAAGACUCCGCCACAAACUCCGGCAAAAAACAAAAGCUAAAACUCCCAACCCCACAAGAGCUAAUAACCCAUUACGAAUCCCAAGGAAUGAAUUCCAAUGAAGCCUCCAUUAAAGUAAUCGACGACCUUCAACAGAUGCUUUUUAGGGUUGUUACUUCUGGAAGAGGGAAGAAAGAUAAGUUCAUGGCGGAAGCUUCUAGAAAGCUUGAUACGGCUAAUACUCGUCUUGCUAUUAUUGAAAUGAAGCUUGAUUCUAAACCUGGAUACCCUGAAAGUGUCGCCAUUGGUGUUACUUCUGCUGUUGUCUUUCGCGGUGUCGCCGCUGUUUGGCCUCAGCUUGUUUCUGCUGCUUCUAGUCUUUGGAAUUCUGUUAGAGGCUCUACUAAUACCUAGGGGGUUAUGUUUUUUUUAAUAAUGGGCGGUGAUGUAGACGGGAUUUGAUUUGAGGUACGACUUUUAUUGAACUAAGCUAGUUGACGUCCACGAAUAAGUGGGUUAUAUAAUUGUAGUGGCUGUAGUUUUUGAUUCUGUAGAGCAUUGAGGAAUGAGAAUUAUUGAAUUUUGAAGUGGUCA